AUGAGUUCCUAUUUCGUGAAUCCCACUUUCCCCGGGAGCCUGCCCAGCGGCCAGGACUCCUUCUUGGGCCAGCUGCCCCUCUACCCGGCCGGCUACGACGCGCUGAGGCCCUUCCCGGCCUCGUACGGCGCGUCGAGCCUCCCGGACAAGACGUACCCCUCACCUUGUUUCUACCAACAGUCCAACUCUGUCCUGGCCUGCAACCGGGCCUCCUACGAGUACGGGGCCUCGUGUUUCUAUUCUGAUAAGGACCUCAGUGGCGCCUCGCCCUCGGGCAGUGGCAAGCAGAGGGGCCCCGGGGACUACCUGCACUUUUCUCCCGAGCAGCAGUACAAACCCGACAGCAGCAGCGUGCCGGGCAAAGCCCUCCAUGACGAAGGCACCGACCGGAAGUACACGAGCCCUGUUUACCCCUGGAUGCAGCGGAUGAACUCCUGCGCGGGUGCUGUGUAUGGGAGUCACGGGCGCCGAGGCCGCCAGACCUACACGCGCUACCAGACGCUGGAGCUGGAGAAGGAGUUCCACUUCAACCGCUACCUGACGCGGCGCCGCCGCAUCGAAAUAGCCAACGCGCUCUGCCUCACCGAGCGCCAGAUCAAGAUCUGGUUCCAGAACCGACGCAUGAAGUGGAAAAAGGAAAAUAAACUCAUCAAUUCCACACAACCCAGCGGGGAGGACGCUGAGGCAAAGGCGGGCGAAUAG